AUGACAACACCCAGAAACUCAGUGAGUGGAACCUUCCCGAUACAGUCUGCCAAAGGCCCCCUUGCCAUGCAGCCUUCUCAAACGGCGAACCUCAGGAGGCCCUCUUCACUGGUGGGCCCAACACAAAGGUUCUUCAUGAGAGAAUCCAAGGCUUUGGGGGCUGUCCAGAUCAUGAAUGGCCUCUUCCAUAUUUCCUUGGGGGGACUGCUGAUGAUCCCCACGGGGGUCUUUGCGCCCAUCUGUCUGAGUGUAUGGUACCCUCUCUGGGGAGGCAUUAUGUAUAUUACUUCGGGAUCACUCCUGGCAGCAGCAGCGGAACAAACCUCCCGAAAGAGCUUGGUCAAAGCAAAAGUGAUAAUGAACUCUCUGAGCCUCUUUGCUGCCACUUCUGGGAUAAUUCUUUCAAUCAUGGACAUACUGAACAUCACAGUUUCUCAUUUUUUAAAAAUGGAGCGCCUGAAUCUUAGCAAAGCUCCCAACCUGUACGUUGAUAUCUACAACUGUGAGCCGGCUAACUCCUCCGACAAGAACUCCCCAUCUACGCGGUACUGCUACAGCAUGCAGUCUGUGUUCCUGGGCAUUUUGUCAGUGAUGCUGAUCUUUGCCUUCUUCCAGAAACUUGUGACAGCUGGUGUCGUGGAAAACGAUUGGAAAAGAGUGUGCUCCAGAUCCAAACCUAAUGUGGUUCUGCUAGCAGCUGGACAAAAAAAAGAACAGACGAUUAAAGUGAAAGAAGAAAUCAUUGAGCUAAGCGGAGUAUCUCCCCAACUAAAGAAUGAAGAAGAAAUUGAAAUCAUCCCAGUGCAAGAAGAAGAAGAAGAGGAAACAGAAGUGAACUUUCCAGAACCUCCCCAGGAACAGGAAUCCUUGCCAGUGGAAAAUGAGAUCUCUCCUUAA